ACAUUGUCGAUUCUAACCUGUAAUUUCAAUGUGUCAAAGUUUACCGUCAAAAGUCGGAGAGCAAAAACGUUGAAAAACGUAAAAGCUUAUUCGAAAGAAAUGAGUGAAAAAAUGUGUCUGAAAAAUAUUUUUUAAUAUAUUCUCUGCAGCAAGAGCACUUUUCACUAAAAUGUUAUUCAACUUUAAAAAAUAAAUAGAAAGAUGUUUAAUCUUCAGAAGCUAGAAGAGGAGGCGAAAGCAACCGCGACGAAGCAGGUCGUAAACAUGCUUCAGCGGCCUGGCCAACUCGAAAAAGUAGAACAAUACAAACGUAGGAUCAGUAGAAAAAAGGCCUCUGUCGAAACAAUGUUGAAAACAGCGAUGCAAGGCCAACUCGAUGGGGUCAGAGUUGGAUUCGAUCAACUUCAAAGCUCUCUCCAAAGUAUUUACUCGAUUAAAGAGGAACUAAAAUCCAUUGGCGAGUCUUUUGGAUCAGCCCCAGAGUUGUAUUCGAAGUUGCAAGCUGUUCAAGAAGAAAGUAUGCGACAUUCCCAAUAUGUAACUGCCAAAGAAAAUCUCAAGCAUAUUUUCACAGUUCCUGAAAGUGUUGAGAAGACUAAACAAUGGAUUAACGAAGGGAAACUCCUGCAUGCUCAUCAGUGUCUCAUGGAUCUAGAAAACUCUAGAGACGAUUUGCUCUAUGAACUUCACAAACUUCCUAACCAAUCGAUGCCGGACACGGUGAUGCUAAAAGCCUAUUUCGAGGACGUUGAAAAGCUCUCUCAGCUUAUGGAGAAGCAGAUCCGACUAGUUUUAAGCCGAACUCUCAACACUGUGAGAAAAGAGCCAACAGUGAUUGUGACUGCCCUCAGGAUUGUAGAAAGAGAAGAAAAAGCAGAUCACUUUGCCGUCCAACGUCACAGGCAAAGUGGAUUCAUGCCACCUGGAAGGCCUAAACAGUGGAAAGAGAUGUCAAUCAAUACUCUCGAAAAAUCAGUGGCGAAUCGAAUCGAAGGAACUCACGUAGACGAAAGAUCAGACAAUAAAAUGUGGCUUGUCCGAUAUCUGGAAUUAACGAGACUUUUGAUAUUAGAGGACCUCAGGGUUGUGAAGACUCUUUGUGGACCCUGUUUUCCUCCCUCUUAUGACAUAGUGAAUAAAUUCGUGAAAAUGUACCACACGAGCCUCUCUCAACAUCUCAAAGACAUAAUAACAAGCGGACUCGAGGGAAAUGAGUACGUAUCACUCUUAGCCUGGAUCAUGAACACGUAUACGGGUCCGGAACUUAUGCAGCAUCCGGAAUUGAAUAUCGAUACGACCGAGAUUGGACCUUUGUUGAGUAAAGAAAUAGUGGACGAUCUGCAAGAGAAGUAUCUGAAAAAUAUGUAUCAAAAUUAUGAUGACUGGAUGAAGAAGACUUUGGACACCGAAAAGGUGGAUUGGUGGAGUGGAAUUUUGCCGGAAAGUACCACGCAGGACAUUUAUUAUCACACAGCGGCACCUGUGAUUAUUUUCCAGAUGAUUGAUCAAAAUUUGCAGGUUACGAAAACGAUCAGUCCCGAUUUAACGUCAAAGGCUCUGACUCUUUGCAUUGAGCAAGUCACGAAAUACGCUGAUAUGUAUUUCCAAGCAAUCCUAGAAUUCAAGUACAAGCAUUUUGAAGACAGAAGCCGUGUUCCUUACUUCACUCAUCACUUGAUUACCGUUGUAAAUAAUUGCUUACAGUUCAUAGAACUAGCCCAGCAAAUGAAACAACUUUUCUGGUUGCCAAACGCAAGUGGCGAUAUUGCCGUCAAAUUCGAGACUCUUCUCGAAAGCUAUCAACGUAUUCGCAACGAAGCUGCAGCCAUUUUACUUGAGGAAUCAUUCCUGGAUUUGGAACUUCACUUUCAAGAUUUACUCACUCCAAAAUGGAUGUCUUCACCUAUUCCUGUCGAAACGAUUUGUGUCACUCUCGAAGAUUAUUUCCAGGAUUAUAAUCACCUGCGUCCUAAAAAUUUCGACUAUGUGAUAAGGGAAGCUCAGAAGCUGAUAGCGAAGCGGUACAUUUCGGCAAUGCUAAUGCGAAAAAUAUCUCUAAAAAACUACGACGAGUGUUUAAAUUGCACGUCGAAAAUAAUAGCUGAAGCAGAUAAAUUAAAGAAUUUCUUUGGGAGAAUUGCCCCGAAGGUUGGCACUUUUGACUCGCCUUUCGAGAUCAUAAAACGCCUUGCAGAAGUCUUGAGAUGUGAAGACUCGGAGAUUUUGUCCCUGGAUCUUCAUUCCUUGGUAGAAAAGUACCCAGACAUGAGUGAAGACCAAUUGGUACGAUUGCUGAGUCUCAGAGGCGAUAUUCCUCGAGCUGAGGCGAGGGAAAAAGUGUCUUACAUCCUGGAAGCUCUACGUAACAGGAGAAUGUUGCAAUCCAAUCCUGACAGUAUCUUUAAACAGAUAGUUAUUCAAGACAGUUUUCUCAACUGGAAACCUUAAAAGUUGUACAUACUUGAUUCUAGGUAGAUAAUCAAUUAAUCCAUUAAACAAAGGCUUGUCUUAUUCUUAAAUAAAUUAUUUUAUUGAUGAAAAAGUUCUUCUGAAUUGUAAAUAAAAUAUUAC